UCUGUCCGUCCCACUGACUGCUGCCAUGUCCUUCGUUGCUCCUCCUGGCUACCAGCCGAUCUACGGCCCUAAUAUUCCCUAUCUGGGGCCCAUUCAUGGGGGCCUGAGGGAGGGUGUGUCAAUCUACAUCCAGGGGUCCAUUCCUGAGGAUAUUACCAGGUUCUAUAUCAACCUGCUAUGUGGAGAGUCUGAGUCCAGCGACCUCGCCCUCCACUUCAACCCUCGAUUUGACGGAUGGGACAAGGUGGUCUUCAACUCGUGUGAAGGGGGAUCCUGGGGCAGUGAGCACAAGACUCAUGAUAUGCCCUUCUGUAAAGGCAAAGCCUUCGAAAUGGUCAUCCUGGCAACUUCACGAGGCUACGAGAUCAAAGUCGACGGGAAUGACUUCUACACCUUCGAGCACCGCCUCCCCGUGCAGAGGGUUCGUGCCAUGCAGAUCGCAGGAGAUGUUCGCAUCCAGACCAUAAACGUCAUUGGGGGUGGAUUCCCAGGAUCAAACCUGCCGGGCAUGGGCGGGCAGCCAGUCUACAACCCUCCCAUACCGUACUCUAACAUGAUCCCAGGAGGCAUGUACCCUAAGAGGACCAUCAUCGUCAGAGGGAUGUUGCCCUAUGGAGCCAACACAUUGUGCAUCAACUUCCUGGUGAGCAGAUCUCGGGACAUCGCCUUCCACAUGAACCCCCGGGUAAGGGAGGGGGUCGUGGUGAGGAACAGCAUGAUCGGAGGGACCUGGGGCCAGGAGGACAGAGAGAUGAACAUAACCCCUUCAUGGAGGGACAGUACUUUGAUAUGUCGAUCCGCUGCGGGAACCAGAGGUUCAAAGUGUUUGUGAACGGGCAGCACUUGUUCGACUUUGUCCACCGCCUGCAGUCCUUCAAUGAGGUGGACAUGCUGGAGAUAGAUGGCGACGUGC